UACUAUGUAGAUAAGCUCCGUCCGGCGGCUAACGACCUAUUCCUAUCGCAGCAGACGGACGAUACCAACCUAACUACUACAGUCGUACAAGAUAAUGAAAAUAAUGAGGAACACUUAGAGUGGACAGUACGAGACAUUACGGACGAGAGAAUAAGGCGCAGGCAAAUAGAAUACCUUGUUUAUUAGGUGGGCUACGACGAGCCCACAUGGGAGCCCGCCGCCUAUCUCGCUAACACUACGGCCCUAUAGUCAUGGUUGUCCCACACCUAACCUGGACGAUAACCUAACGGACGACUUAGAAGAAACUGGCGAAGGUAGGCCUACCUACUCUACGAG